GGAAACGAUCCUGAUUGUCGGGAAUACACCGUCAGAUUCAUCCGCAAUGGAACUCAACCCAAGAUGGCUCUUAUGUCCUAUCCAGGAAGCGGAAACACCUGGAUACGCGGAAUUAUCGAACGACUGAGUGGUUACUUUACCGGAAGUAUUUACGCAGAUAAGGACAUCUACGUGAAAGGAUUUUACGGUGAAGGAGUGCCCAUCGAUUGUGGGUGUACUAUCGUACAGAAAACGCACGAUCUUCAGAGAAACGACUACCAACCAUUCAUUAACAAAAGCGCCAUCCUCAUCAUCCGCAAUCCGUACGGCGCUCUUGUCUCUUACCGAAAUUUUAGAACUACUGGAAACAGUCACACGGCAUCCGCUUCGCUAACUCAAUUCACUGGGCUAGAAUGGGAGAAGUUUGUUACGACAGAAAUCGUCGGAUGGAAAACAAAGGUAUUGGAAUGGAUCCCCAGAAUCGGACAUGGGGGAAUUUUACUGUACGACGACGUGUUGAAAGAUAAGCGGAAUCAAUUCCGAAAUCUCAUGCGGUACCUUGGACUAGAAGUGGACGAACGACGGUUGGAUUGCGUAAUCAAACAUGAUUUUUCCUCAUUCAAACGGAAUUCAACUCCUACCACGAAUGAAACAAUCAGGGAUCCAUUCGAUGCGUCGUUGAGAAGCAUCAUCGACAAGGAAAUUGAAAUUGUUCAAAAAGCCCUAGCAGACUAUGGCUAUGAUCUAAAGCUGCUGAAAGAAUAA